CUCCCAGGCAACAUUGAGCAGCAAACAACCGUCCAUCCUUCCAUCCUGGGAGCACCAGCACACGCACGAGCAGCUCUCGCACAUUGACAUUGACGCACCACACCACACCCCUCCCCUUCGAGCGCUCCAACCUAGCCCGCACCGUAAUCCACCACACCCAACCACGGCUUCCAGCCAGAUGGGUCUACGCCAGCCGCCGCCUAGAGAGCAUUGCGUCUGAUGUCGGCCAGUCAAACCGUGUUCAAUUUGUUGCCAGGGUAAUCGAGGCAGUCGACUUUGUCCCGUCGCUGGGCCGUUGAUCGCGCCGGCACACACUGCCUGACCCUAUGAGUGCAGUGCCCUGCAAUGGACGAGGCCAACGACGAGGACCGCCUGGGCGCCGCUGCACCGUUGUCGCCCCGGACAUAUGCAAAUGUGCCUGUGAAUGCGCAGCAGCUCCUUCCCCCCCGCCACAACCACAACCACAACCACCAUAACCACCACCACGACUACCGCCACCACCAACAGCCUCACGCCUACGCGAACGACCCCUACGAGUCCUCCAUCGCUCCCUUUGCCCUCGACGCUGCCGCACAGGCCAACUUCGCGUCCCAUGCCGCCACCAACCUGCAGGUAGUCGCUGCCAAUGCCGCCACCGCCCACGCCGCAGCCUCCAGUCCCUUCGCCAACGUCCCCGACCCCGACGACUUCUAUCGUGACUACCGAGGCCUUCAGACCAGCCCUGCUGUCGCCCCCGUCCCGUUCCAGCAGGUCCCGAUGGCUUCUACCGCCCUGCCACAGUCACACGCCGCCCCUCGCGACCAUCCCAACUCGCAGCCUUCGGCCUCGAGGCACCCGCCCGCCCCAGCUAAACUCACACACGCUACCACUGCGCCCGCAGGCCACGGUGGGAUCCGGCCCGCAUUGCGUUCCACCUCGAGCCCCAUCGACGAUCGAUCCGCGAGGCAUCCGUCCACAGGCUCGGCCUCGGCAAGUAGUGGUGGAUUCGGCCUCGGGAAGCAGCCCAGCGUGAAGGACCUGAAGAAGCGAUUUGACCAGGCCGCCCCGCCGCCACCGCCCCAACCCGCAGUCCCGCGCCAGGGCAGCACCAGGACUGCUGGCUUGCAUGGCACAUCACAAAGCCGGUCGUCGGGCGCCUCCAACACGGGUCAGGCCGCUGCCUCGUACACCAACCUCAGAUCAUCGGUCGAUAAAGAUGCCGGCGGUACAUCCAGCAGAUCCACGCGACGCCAGAAGUUUGUCGAGGAGGACCAGACGUCUAGCAACCCCAAGUCUUUUGCUAGCCGCAUGAGGCCGAGGCCGUCCGUUGUCACGGGCGCCCAUGGUUCAAAGACCGCGCCCACGGCACCUGCGAGGUCGCCCAGCGUCCCCACGUCGCCUCACUCCACCCGCCCUGGAGGCCUUCUCUUUGGUGAGAUCUUGCCGCAGGAGGAUGGAGGCCGCACCGCUGGCUUUGGAAUUCGUGCUACGUCUCAACCAAGGCGAACGUCCGAGUCACAGGUCUACGGUCUAAGCCCGCUCGAGAGUAAUCAGUCCCCUGCCGGCGACGAGGAACCGUCCUCGCCGACUGACUGGUACCGUGGUGUUGCCUCGUCACGGCCCUCGAGUAAAGAAGUCAGACCACCACAGAGCUCGCAUGCGAGAGCCCAGAGCGAGUCGUCGGGGGGCAAGUCUGCCGUCAGUCGCCCUCCCCACUCGCGUCAAACCCGCCGCAGCGGCCCUCCAUCACAACCGCCCUCGCCAUCCUCCCGUCUCCCGAUUUCCGUGAAGAAGCUCGGCAGCUCCCCCAACCCCAGCACCCCAUCUACGCGAUCCAACUCCCCAUCUCUCUCCCAUAAUUUGUCUGCGGGUGGAAGAAGUUCCAGGCAGCGUGGCGCUUCAACCACGCGCGCCAAGACCCCGACGACACGAUCUACGACCCCGACCACAUCAACAUCCAAGACUCCCGCCCACAAUCCAGCCGCCUCGCGAAGGCACGCACCGAGCAAGAUCGCCACACCAGCCGGCCACACCGGUACGCGCCUGGCAGCUUUCAGCACGGCUCCACCCGCCAAGUUGUCGCCGCCUCUGCGCAGCUCGCGACCACGGCAGUCGGUUGCAAGUGCAACCACUGCGAGCUCGAGGCUGAAGACUGUCGAUAAAUCGGGCCCUAGCAAGCCAGCCUCGAAAGAGGAUGACCCCACAGCCAGGAGGAGAAAACUCUCCGUCGGCCCCAUCGACUUUGCUCAGCGGAGGGAAACGAUCAAACUCGCGUACACCAAGUCAAUCCGGGAGACCCAGGCUCGAGAGGCGAGGCACGCCGCAUCCCUGAAACGGAAGAAGGAGCAGGAGGCCAAGGUCAAGGCUGAAGCCGAAGCCGCCGCCGCAGAGGCAGAAGCCGAGGCCGAGGCGGCGGCCGUGGCAGCAGCAGCAGCAGCAUUGGCGGCCGUGGCGGUUGCGGGAGAAAUACCGACUGAGACGGUGCCGGCUGGUGAAUUGGACCCGGCAGCUUCUCCAAGGCUAGAACCAGCGUCCUUCGGGCUAGCGGAGGCGAGCCAUUGUGAUAACAGCAGUUCUUCUCAGGCGCACAGUCAGGCGCAGCCAGACUCUGAGCCGCCGCUCAGGAUUAUCACUGGACCAGUGCCCAUCGGUGACGUGGCCGCGGGGCACACAAAGCCAAGUUCGGAUUCCCCAACCCUCGGAAUUCCAGGGAGUUUCCCUAGUUUUGGCUCUCCCCAGCCCGAUCAGGAACAGCCCCCACAAUCGGCCAUUUCGACUACGUCGGUCAUCACCGAGUUUGAUAAUGAGCCACAGACGGAGCCUGCCUCGAUGGCGGGCGCUGCUAUCACCAGAAACGGUCUAGGCAUCAACGACGCAUCCGUCUAUUCUCCUGCUCGCGAAAAGGCCACUUACCACUCACCCUUUGAUGAUAACGCGGCUGACGACGACCAGCUCUCUAUCAAGAUCUCGCUCCAUGCCCUGACGCUGGGACAACAAGGCGAAGAGAUAGCUCCCAGCACAGAUGUUCAUGAGCAAGAACAGCCGCAUCUGGACCACGAGGACGAGGAUGUUCACCAAGAGAGCUUUGAGGCCAGCUUCGAGGGGCAGCUGAACAGGGAGAAGCAAGUCUCCACCGGCGAUCUGCGGCCGACGACCCUCGAUGACCAGGAGCAGGAAUACGAGCCGCGGCCUUAUAUGCCUCAAGUUCAACACACCACGGUUACCAUACUUAGUCGCGAAUCGGACUUCAUGCCCCUACCCAAGACGAAUGACGGGCCGACAAGUCACGAGCCGCAGAUGGACAGCCUCGAGGAAUUCUACAUUGGCCCUCACAUCAGAGAUAAUAUCUCUGCCCUGAGGGACUCGACGUUCAUGUCCUCGGAAUUCUCCGACGACUUGAUGCCCUCGUCGGUAGAAGCGCAGCGGACCCCAGACACGUCACAAAGCCUGACGAUACCCGGCCUCCUUUCGCCUGCCAACAGGACCAGUCAGUAUUCGGCAUGGACCGACUUUUCGCUUGACAGCUCCGAUGGAGGCAUGGAUCGCAUGUCUAAACACGCCGCCUUCACGAGCCGUGAUUCGACUCUGCGGGGGCGCCCUGCACUGUUGGCGUCCGAGUCGAGGCCGGCGUCAAUCACGGAAGAUAUCCGGGGAGAGGAUAUGCACCACGAUACGGACUCGGCAAGGUCGGAAGGGCAUCCCUUGGGCGCUUUGCAGCUGGACCGGCACCAGCUCCCUGAACUCGACACCGGCUAUGGCUUUUCCGUCGACUAUAUGGCGACCCCUCAAAAGAAGGCGCGUAUCCCUGCGCGGCCAGAUCACGAACCCCCUCCGGUGCCAACACCCGACAAUCGUUCUAUUAAUGAGGACCAUCGCCCGCCCUCUAGCGGCUAUUACGACCAAACCAGGCCGAGCAGCUACUUCCAAAGCACAAAAGAUGACGAGAGCACCUUCUCCCUCGGCCCUUCGAGACGGCAGAGCGAGGAUUAUACGCAGCCUUUGCUUACGCCGCAUUCGGUCGGGGGCGCUUCUAUGGACAGCACUGGAAAUAGCUUCAGUGGAGCCCCCACGCUCGACGUCGAUCCGGCCGCCGCCGCCAGCGAUGAGGCCAAGGACUCGGCCAGCAGCUCCAAGCAAGGCUCUUCGAAAGAGCGAAGCCGGCUGGUGCAACGCCAGAAUGUCAUCAAGGAGCUCAUCGACACCGAGGGCUCCUUUGUGCGAGAUAUGAACGUCAUUGAGGAGAUAUACAAGGGAACAGCAGAAGCCUGCCCAAAGCUUGACUCCAAAACGAUCAAGCUCAUCUUCAGAAACACGGACGAGAUCAUUGGGUUCCACACCACAUUUCUUGCCGAGCUUAAAGAGUCUGUAUCCGCCGUCUAUUGCCCCAAAGGCCGGCGCUCGCCGUUGAUGAAGGAGGGCGGCAGGGAAGAUUCUAUGGCGUCGGACUCCAUGACCAUUGGCUCCACAACCUCGGCUUCGAUCAAGGAGAUCAAAGAAACAGCAGCUGAGCCGGACGUUGGCAAGGACCGCCUGACUUCGAUCGGCCCUGUCUUCGCGAAGAACAUCGAGCUGAUGCGGGUGGUCCACGAGAGCUUCCUGAAGACUAGCGACCCCGCAUCGAAGCGGUUGAUCCAGAUUCAAGAAGACGAUGCGGUGCAAGUCUGGCUCAGCGAGUGCAACGAGGCAGCCAAGGAUCUGACUGCCGCGUGGAAUUUGGACUCCCUCUUGAUCAAGCCAAUGCAGCGCAUCACCAAGUAUCCAAACUUGAUCAUCCAGCUGCUCCAGUACACACCCGAAGAUCACCCCGAUCGUGAGGCGCUGAUGGCAGCUCGGGUUUCACUGGAGAACGCGAUUCUGGACAUCAACAAGACCAAGAAGAACUUUGAGCUGGUCGGGCAGAUAGUUGGCCGCAAGCGCAAAGAGUCGGAUGUUCGGGCGGGUUUUGCCAGGGCGUUUGGUAAGCGUGUCGACAAGCUCCAGGCCUCGGCGAGCCGCAUCCAGGAGGAUACCGAGUACAAGGCGCUGCAUGAAAAAUUUGGCGACGACUUCCUCCGUCUCCAGGUCGUGCUCAGGGACGUCGAGUUCUACACGCGACAGGUGUCAGAAUAUGUCCGCGAGUUCCUCCAGAUGCUUUCGGCAAUGGAGCUUGUCAUGCGUCUGCAGCCAUCGCCUUUCCCGGAAAUCGAGAGCAAGUGGGCUCGCUUCAACGUCUCUAUGAGGGACAUGGAGAAGGUGGCCCUUGAUCAGCACCUUGCCCAAGUGAGGAAACACGUCAUCGAGCCGUUCGAGCUCGUCAUCAGGUGCUACAACCAUCCUGGUCUGGCAAUGAAGAAACGGUCCAAACGCCGGCUUGACUACGAGAGGGCAGAACAGCUCAAGAAAGGGGGCAAGAAGGUGGACAAGCAGCUUGGCGAGCUGGUGGAGCAGUACGAGGCCCUGAACGAGACGCUGAAGAAGGAGCUGCCCAAGCUUUCCGCGUACACGGAGAAGAUCGGCAACAUCUGUCUCGGCAAUUUCGUCUGCAUUCAGGUCAAGUGGUUCUCCAUCUGGAAGGAAAAGGUCAAGGUCGUGCUCGAGGACGCCCACGUGCCCGAGAUGGCCGAGGUUGUCCAAUCGUUCCAGAGGGACUUCCGGGAUAUGGAGGAGCAGAUCGGAACAAUCGGUCUCCUCAACCACAGCCUCAAGCCAAGGUCCUCGCAGUCGACCACGGAAGACAACACCAUGUCCCGCUCGACAUCGCGAGCCCCAGAGCUCUCGCCCCGCGACAGGGGUCUGUCGAGCACCAGCGACUCCAUGCCGGGCAUCAGUACCCCGGAAUUUGUGAGGACGAACAGUGGACAGUUCACACUAUCGCCCACCGCGACCGGGUCGGCCCCACACCAGUACUACUACAGGGACCAGUACGCAGGUCUGAACGUCAACGGCCACAGCCGCCACGGGGGCCAGGUGUCGCCUGCGCACGCCGGCAGCACUGGGAGACCCGGCACUGGGAGGAGCUACGAUGCACCCUCUGGGCCACGUCCGAGCGGUGACUCGGCCAGCCACAUGGGUCAACAGCACAACAGGCGAGACUCUGGGUCCACGUAUAACUCAAACAUACAAUCCCAGGAACAUCGACGCUUCUCGGGGCUCUUCCAUUCAGCCCUGCCCCCGGAUGACCCCGAUGAGCGGGGAAGGGCGUCCAGGUCGUCUUCUAGAGAACGGCCUGCUGCAAACGGCUACAACGUCAUGUGGCUCGCCGCGUCGCUGUUUGAGUUCAAGAUCGAAGAAACGAAGACUGAGGCUGGCUAUCCCUAUCUUACCUACCAGCCAGGCGAGAUAUUCGAUGUCAUCGCCGAGAAGGGCGAGCUCUGGCUCGCAAAGAACCAGGACGACCCUUCCAAUUUAGUUGGCUGGAUCUGGUCCAAGCACUUUGCCAAACUUGCUGAUUCUUGAGAAAGUUGGAGUGAUCAAGAAUCCGGAUUCCACAGUGGCGAGCGGCAUACGAUGACCAACCAAUUCAACACCUUGCUCGCAUCGCUGAGGAUAUCAGAGGAGACAUCAAGAAAACAAGACAAAAAAACAAGAACAGGAGCUACUCAUCACCAGGAGCUCCCAGCGAUCGUGUUCUGGAUUUUCUUUCCGCGCAGAGAGGGAGCCGGGGAUUUGUAGGACAAAGCAGGUACGGGGCGGCUCACAUCAAGAGGCGAAAAGGCAACAGGGAAAUAUGGGACCAUUUGUACAGGACGCAAGAAGGCGGCAAGCGAAAGGCGUUAUGUUUGGAAUCCAGACAUUAUGGUGAAUCUCGGGCUUUGGGUUGAUGAGCGUUUGGCCUCAACUACUGGGGAGCAACAUUUCUUUGCUUCAUUUUUCUUUCUCUUUUUCUUGCUUUUACUCUUUUUCAGUUCAGCCACCCCGGGAAGGGGCUUUCUUUUGUUCCGUCUGAUAAGCGGGGGCUUGACGUCUCCGAGUUGUUGCACGAGGUAAUGAUGCAAAGAUAUACCCGCCCCGUGAGGGCUGGUUCAUUGUCAUCUGCAUAAUACGACCUCUGUAGUGGUAGUGGGAUUUUAGAGACCAAUGGUAUGCUCAAAUACAUUCACGUGCUAUCAAUAACUCUCCCUGGAUUUCUGAGUCACUGCUUUGCUUUUGUG